CAGUAGCAUAACCUCAAACACGUAGGGCAAUAACCAUUUUAUCAAGUUCUUUUAUUUUAAAGUGUUAUAUUGACAAAAAUAGCAUUUUAACUCGUAUAACGUCUCGUGAAACACAAAUUGGAAUAUAAUUGAUACAUCCAGAUUACUCAGCAAUUAUAAUUCAGUCAUGGUGGUAUCGGAGCAGACUCAACCUCCUGCAGAAGGUGAUGCAGCUCAAAGUAAAAAAGCUGCAAAAAAAGCCGCAAAAGCAGCCGAGAAGCAGCAAAAGAAAGCUGAGCAUAAGAGUGCCAAUCCGGCACAAACAGAAGCUUCAGAACCGGACGUGUCGGAAGGCAGGUAUGGCACUAGCAAACUGAUCCAGUCCUCAGGGGAGAACCGUGACAGAGUGUACACUGAUGUAAAAGAUUUGAAUGUGAAAUUAGACGGAAAGGUUGUAUGGAUAAGAGCUCGUCUCCAAACUACAAGAGCCAAGGGUAAACAAUGUUUUGCGGUGUUGAGACAGACGUCCAGCACGGUACAGCUGCUGGUCAGUGUUAACGACGAGAGGAAAGUCAGCAAGCAGAUGGUCAAGUUCACUGGCAACAUCACAAAGGAGUCGAUAGUAGACGUCCAAGCCACAGUCGCGAAGACCGCGUCGCCGGUGGAGUCCUGCACCGUCCAGCAUGUGGAGCUGCUUGGUUCUGAAGUGUGGGUGGUGUCCGCCGCCAAGCCGCAGCUGCCCCUACAGAUAGAGGAUGCUGCGAGACCGGAGAAGACUGACGACCCCGAGGCGCUCCGCAUCCGCGUGAACCAGGACACGCGGCUGGACAACCGCGUGCUGGACCUGCGCACGCCGGCCAACCAGGCCAUCUUCCGCAUCGAGGCAGGAGUUUGCCGACUAUUCCGCGAUAUACUCACACAACAAGGUUUCGUGGAGAUCCACACGCCAAAGAUAAUCUCAGCGGCGUCAGAGGGCGGGGCGAACGUGUUCACAGUCUCGUACUUCAAGUCGUCCGCCUAUCUCGCACAGAGCCCCCAGCUAUACAAGCAGAUGGCAAUCGCUGCCGACUUCGAAAAGGUGUUCACAGUAGGCGCAGUCUUCCGCGCGGAGGACUCCAACACGCAUCGUCACCUCACGGAGUUCGUGGGUCUGGAUCUGGAGAUGGCCUUCAAGCACCACUACCACGAGGUGGUGGACACCAUCGGACAGACCUUCACCGAUAUGUUCCGAGGGCUGCAGGACCAGUACGCGACAGAGAUAGCGACGGUGGCGCAGCAGUACAAGGUGGAGCCGUUCCGCUUCCUCGACCCGCCGCUGCGCCUCGAGUUCCCCGACGCCAUCGCCAUGCUCAAGGAGGCCGGAGUGACGUUGGGCGAAGAGGAUGACCUGUCAACACCUGACGAGAAGCUGCUGGGUCGGCUGGUGAAGGCCAAGUACGACACCGACUUCUACAUCCUCGACAAGUACCCGCUCGCUGUGAGGCCCUUCUACACCAUGCCCGACCCUAAUAACCCCAAAUGGUCGAACUCAUACGACAUGUUCAUGCGCGGCGAGGAGAUCCUGUCCGGGGCGCAGCGCAUACACGACCCCGACUUCCUCACUGAGCGGGCCAAGCACCAUGGGAUUGAUAUCAGCAAAAUAGCAGCAUACAUCGAAUCCUUCAGGCUGGGAUGUCCACCGCACGCGGGCGGCGGUAUCGGCAUGGAGCGCGUGGUUAUGCUGUACCUGGGGCUGGACAACAUCCGCAAGACCUCCAUGUUCCCGCGCGACCCCAAGCGCGUCACGCCGUAACGCGGUACACAACAUUUUGUAAUUAUUAUGUAUAAACAAAUAAAUAUGUAUAUUAUUUUA